AAGGUUGAAUCGAAAGCCACCCGAGGAGAGGGGACUCGCCCUUAGCAGGGCUCUGGCAAAGCUCGACACUCGCGCGUUCCGAUACACGCUUGUCAGUCGAGUCGAGUGUCGACAACUAGCUCUACGCACUUGGCUGCAGGCCGCUCGCCGAGCGGCUGUGUAAACUGUGACAUUGUUUGUGUACACGUAAACAAAAACAUUGCGUGAACUUACGUGCAGUAUUAGCUGGACUUAACUCACAGACAAUAUAGUGUUACAUAGUGAUAGUUUGUGUUUAAAAUGGAUUUGUCUUGUGGAGAGAAUCUGCAAAAUUCUGGACACAACAGCAAUAAUAGUGGACGAGUCAUGGACAUGUGUGUUGCUGGACCCGAUCGGGCCCUGGACCGGGAUCCCAGGUUGCUGCUGAACCUCCUCACCUUGGAACGAAUGCACGCCUUGCACACAGAUUACUUUCAACAUGUACAAAUUGAUAUUCAACCUUUUAUGAGAAAAGUUGUUACAACUUGGAUGCUUGAGGUUUGCGAAGAACAACAGUGCGAGGAGCAGGUGUACCCUCUGGCCGUGAGCUACAUGGACAGGUUUCUGGCGCAGCGAGCUAUCUCGAGACAACAGCUGCAACUGCUCGCAGUCACUGCGCUGCUCCUAGCGUCCAAAUUCCGUCAAUGCCAUCCGCUCUCUGUGGACCUUCUCUGCGCUUACACCGACAACUCUGUACACCCACACGAAGUUAGGCAAUGGGAAGUGAUGUUGCUACAGCGGCUGAACUGGCAGCUCUCCAUAGCGACCGCCUUCGACUUCGUGGAGCCACUCCUAGCGCGGGUACCCUGGGGCCGUUGCAACCCUCUCGUGCGGACCCACGCGCUCACACUUACCUCGGUUUGUUACACAGAAACGGAGUUCCUGUUGGUGCCACCAUCGAUGAUCGCUGUGGCGUGCAUAACGGCUGCGGCGAGGGGGCUGCGUGUGCGCAUGACCAUAAACGACCUGUGCACCCUCACGCGGACGCCCGCCGCGGCCGCUGAACUCGUGGCCCGACACGUGGAGCGGGUACUGGCCAGGGAGACCCAGCCCCAGGAGCCCAGGGCCAGACAUGUCCAGCCAGUCAAACAGACUGCGUCAGACCAGACGCAACUCCCGGACACUCCGACGGACGUUCAAGAUGUACGCUUCUAAUAGUUUGAUAUGUAAGAAAUGUAGUGAAAUUACUAAUUAUUUGUGUCGGUGAUUUGUAGAAAACAAUUCUAUCUAGAAUUUUUUGAGGAUUCUUUAAGAAUUCUAUGUAUUCUAAAUAGAACUUUUGAGGAUUCUUUUGCAGAGAAAUUUAGAACUUACGUGUGUAAUGACUAAUAGAGCCGUGAUACUAUAUUGAUAAUAUCGUCAUCAAAGGUAUCAUUAUUUACAGAAAAUUUUGAUUUACAAGGAAUUACAAUUUUUAGUAGUUAGUUAUGUCAUUAAAAGGCUCGAUAGUAGACUUAUUUACUAAAGGCCGUUUUCAGUAACCUACCCAAGUUUACGGAUAUAUAUCUAUCCUUGAUUAUCAGUAACAGACAAACUAUCUUUACAUAGUCAAACUAUCUGUCAGUAGGUUAUUGAAAAGCAGAACAGAAAUAUAGAUUUUCUUAACUUUAGUAAACGAAAUGGCGGAUAGAUAGGUUAUUGAAAACGGCCGUAAGUAAAGUGCAUGCGUAAGAUAAAUCUUUGGUAUGUUGCUUAAGAUAAAACUUUGUUAUCGGUACAUUGUAUCAAAAACAAAAAAAAAAUAUUCUUGCUGCAAAUCACCGGCAUUAUCCGGCAUAGAUGCGUCCUAUAUAAAUAUGGAGUCAAUUGAUCUCAUCGGCAUUGAUGUUAUUGCUAUGUAUCGUUUGAAUGCAUUUCAUUGUUGCGAUAGUUUUUGUGUCGCGCACCUGGGUGUACAAGAAUGAGUCUGGAUACUGUCGUAUGAAAAAUAUAUCAUUAUUUACCGAUUACCGAAGUACAUGAUGCAUUUCCUCAGUGCUAACUUGGAAGUUGGAACUAUUGGAGUUGCCCAUUGAUCUCAAAUUAUUAUUUAUGUAACGCCUAUUUGUUUAGUGUUAGGUUUAGUUUUUUUUUUAUUAUUUAUUAUUUUUACAAAUAAACAGAUUAGUAGAUCAGUUCGAAAGUGCAGUUAUUGAGUUUUCUUCUAUGUUGAUCUCCGUUGAUUCCAAAAAUUAUUUUUUAAGACUGUUAUGCUUUUCUGCGAGCCUAUAAUUGUAAUCAGAAUAGUUUGUCUAACUGCUUUUGAAAGUCUGUUUGUCUUUGGAUGUAGUGGUACGGUGUACAGAUAAGCGUUUGAUAAACAGCGCGUUGGUGUGUAAAACUGAAGGGACUUGGAGUUACCUGGACUACAGACCUACCUACAGUUAUAACUGUGAAAAUUUGUCUAAUCGAAUUUUCAAUCAAAAUCAUUAGGAUAAACUGUACAGUUAAAACUGACGAAUACCACAUACGGAGAUUUAACUGAACAAUUUGACUGUUCAGUUAAAACUGCAGGUAUGUAGCACGCGGUAGUUCCACGUGAUAGACACCUGUACUUUAAGUUUAUAUACACACAAAAUAAUUUUAGCUGUCGUCUUACCACUACAUCCAAAACCAAACGGACUUCCCGGUAUAGAUUUUAAGCACAAGAUGUAAUUUGUUAGUCCACAUCUGUAUGCGAAUUUCGAACACAUUUGAAAUGUUUAUAUUUAUGUACUAAGAUAAGUAGGUUUAUAGAGAUUUUCGUGUGUCUUGUAUGAUGAACUAAAUAGGAUCUCAAUUUUCGUAGAUUCUAAACAAAAUGCGUGUACAGGGGCACUACAUGUUUAAUAUUAGAUGAUUUCGAGUUAAAAUGUUGAAGUAUGUAAUUUUUGUUUAUUUAGGUCGAUGUUAAGUUUAGUAAAUUCUAGUCACAUGUUUUAUACAUUCCUGUUUUCGACCAAACUUUAUAUGUAGAUUUACUUAUGAAUAGUUAUUAAUAGUAAUAAUAAUAAUAAUUAGUGUAACGUCGCAAUGUCACUUGCCUUAUACUAUUCUCUCUUAAUUUUAGCCUUCCACAGUCCGACAUACCCACAUGCAUGCAACGACGAGUUUUACCGGACGUCAUGCCGGCAGCGCUGCUAGCAUGUGGGUAUAUCGGAGCGUGGGUGGCUAGCAUUAGAUUCGUGAUUAUAAAAUUAAUUAUUUGUAAUUUGAAAAAUUGUUUUAUUUGGUAAAGUAGAAACUUGAUUAUGUGGAUAUAAGUUACGCAUAUUGGUGACUUUCCUUUAAACUCCUAACACGAUCUAAGAUAGUAUAGAGCAAGCGGCAUUUCUGUAAUUUAUAUUGUAUUGAAUAACUUUAUAUUGUAAACUUCUGUAAGGGAGAUUUAUUUUAAGUUAAAGUACCGAAGCGUGUCCGACGUUACGCGAUGGUGAUUAAACUAAUUAGGAAAAUUAAUGAUCGCGCUCACAAGUUUGUCUUAAAACAAUUAAAGUUGAUGAAAGCUUCUUUAAAUUGGCUUCGAACCACGUAGACAUUUUUACACGAUUGUUAUCUGAUCGAGCUAUUAAUAAAUUAUAAACUAAAACGUUCGUUAUAAUUUAAAAGUUCGUUAAGUCUUAAAACUAUUGUAAUUAUGAGGGUUUGAAAUAUUGGUUAUAAAAGGAGCUUUUGUCGGAAUUAAAAAUGAAUUAAAUUAAAAAGCAAACGUAUCUACAAUGAUAAUUCACAAUAAGUCUAUAUUUUUUAUUUUGUUAUGUAUUAUGCACAUUUAUACCUAUCGGUAUUCAGCUGAUUAAGUGUGUUAGUUGCUAGGUUUUCGGAGACGAUCUGUACAGGUUUGGUUUAAAAAAAGAAAAUAAAUAACUUAAAACAA